AUGCUAACCACUACUACAAUUUUCAGUAAACCCCAACGCUAUGGAUCAAUUGGUAUUGGAUUCAACGGAAAAGUUGUUCUCUACGUGAAUUUGAAUAUGAAUGGAACUUGCACUUCAAACAUCGCUGAAUUUCCCUUUGAUGUUCAAAAUUGUGAAAUCAAAAGUGAACCUUCGAUUUUCCCAAAAAAUCUAUAUUCUAUGAGCGUCGCUUAUGAUUCACGUAUCAAAAUGUGUGAAAUUGGAAAUGAUUAUUGGGAUUUUCUGAAGAUAUCAACUGAAGUUGUAAAACAUCCGAUUCAUCGGGGUUCAGAAUACUUCAAUCAUCAAGGAUUUGUCAGAUUUUCCUGGAAACGAAGAUCAAAUUCCUAUUAUUUGCUGAUAAUUUUGGCAGUUUUCAUAGUAAAUGUGCUGGCUUUUCGUUACCUCUUCAAAAUCCAAAUAACUUAUUCGAAAAAAGUCACAGUUGCUUUAACUCAUAUAUUAAUUAUGUUAUCAAUUAUCACAUUUUUGCGCAGAAAAUUGGCGAUUCUUCAAAUCCCAUUUAUCCUAUAUCUAUUGCUCAGCUUAUGUGGAAUGCUUGUAUUUUUAUAUUUAUCAACAAGGAGAAUGGAGUAUAAUGGGCUGAAAGAAGAGUGA